AUGUCGGCAGAGCACGCUGUCAAGGGAGAAACCCCCAGGUCAGGGGAGGUGGGCCACCAGCGUGGACAUGGCCAGUCUCUCAGGAGACUGCUAGCCCAGGCAGUAGGGCUGCAAGACCCUCCAUGCAAUGUACCUGAGGGUUCCUCCCAGGGCCACACAGAUUGCUAUGGCAGUGUCAGCAGAAAUAAAACCUCUGGGGCUUCGUGCAAAACUGCAAAGCCAGAGGGUUUAUCUUACUGCGGUGGGAUUUCUGCCUACAAUGCUGGUUCUAACAAGUCUGAAGCCAUGACAGAAUGGACAUUGGCACCACCCAAAAUGAUUACUCUAAUGAUGUGGUUGCACAAGCCCAGCUGUUUGGAGCGUUAUGGGAAUAUACUGAAUGUUGACACAACUGGAGCUUCAGAGGCAACCGCAAAACCGGAACGACUGAGCUACGCAGGAGUUCCCGCCUCAGAGAAGAUUGCAGAAAAAGAUUUGGAGAACAUGAAGAAAUACGAAGCCAAGAUUAAAAAAGUUGGCAACAGCAAGUGUGUUGAUCCAGCUGUGAUUGCUGGUAUUAUCUCUCGAGAGUCGCAUGCUGGGGCAGCGCUGAAGGACGGCUGGGGUGACCAUGGAAAUGGGUUUGGUUUAAUGCAGGUUGACAAACGGUACCAUAAGAUUGUCGGGACAUGGGACAGUGAAGAGCACUUAGCACAAGGUACACAGAUUUUGUGCGGAAUGAUCGAGACAAUCCAGAAGAAAUUCCCAAAAUGGACAAAGGAACAGCAGCUCAAAGGUGGGAUUUCAGCCUAUAAUGCAGGCCCCAACAACGUCCAGAGCUACGACAGAAUGGAUAUUGGCACAACACACAAUGACUACGCCAAUGAUGUGGUUGCAAGAGCCAAGUUUUAUAAGAGAAAUGGAUACUGAGAUGUCCAACUAAUGAUGAGAUUUGAGUCACUGAUUGCAUACUUUCCUUCUAAUUAAAAAAACUUCUGGAUUUCUCCCCCAGAAAGAGUAAGAAUGGGGCGGGCAAUGAAGCCAGAAACAAAUGCAAGCUUUCAAUGCUUUUUUUUUUCAGCUAAGACUAAAGAAAAACACUUUAAAAGAUAACACUACUAAUAAUGCAAAGUGCAACCUAUCUUUUGCCAUUUAUUUUUUCUCUCACUUCACAAGAAUAUUAAAGCAAAAUUUUAAUCUGUGCUUACAGUUUCUCAAGCAGCAGAUUAAUGCUGCAAGAAAGUUAUAACACUGCUUAACAAGACUUUAUCUGCCUUAUAUUUCAUCUGUCAAUAUGUUGUCUAACUGCAGUACAAAAUUCGCUAGCAAUUUGCAAUUUUGGAAUUGAAUAUUUGCAAUAAAUAUUGUAUAUGCUUAACCUACCAGAAGAGUAUAUCACAGUUUACCAUAUCCUUUCAGAAUAAUUGCUCUUAACUUUGGUGGUGAGACCCGAAAGUGCCCGUUUCU